CGGCCACCGCGACCGGUCGCCCGCGCCGGUCACUGAUGCAGUACACAGUUACUGUACAGUGGACAGUGGACUCCAGUUGGAAUUCAUUUGCGCAACAAAACGCUACACAAAACUAGGUUCUGCGUUCUAAAUAAUCGCUAGCACGACUAAAAUCGUACUUCGUAGUGAGUGAAACUGCUGUGAAUUACUUUGUUUACAGAUAGAGAGAGAGAGAGAUACACUUGUAUGAUGCGGAGGGAGGCGGUGGGUGUUCGGUCGCGGAUCAAGGAGGAGUUGUUCACGUGCUGGGCCUUCUGUGUGGCUGUGUCGGCCUUGCCCGCGCUGGCUGUGUCCUAUGUUGUUGUUAGAAUAAGCAAGCAGCUCUGGUUAAAACUGUUAUCAAGCCGAUAUCCGAGAUUGGACUUUAUCAAACAUUACACGGUAAGGACAUUACUGGACACGCAAAGGAACCAAGGAAUUAUUAAUGUCUUACUCUCAGUUAAAGGUGUACUGAACGUUGAUGACAUAAAACGCGAAUUAACACAACAUGUGAUAGAGCGAAGGAAUCAAAAUGGCGAAUUGAUGUUCCCAAGGUUGCGUCAUGUUCUGAUAUCAUGUUGGGGUAACUAUGCGUGGGAUGCUAAUGUACCAUUUAGAGCUGAGAACCACAUCGUAGUCGCGAAUGCUGUACACAGAGGUCGACCAGUGAGUGAAUCGAACUUGCAAGAUUACGUCAGUGAGAUUAUCUCAAAAUAUUUUCCAACGGACCAUCCACCUUGGCAGUAUAUUAUUAUACCAUGUGUUUCUUUAGAACCAAAAUACUAUAUUCUUGUAAGAGUCCACCAUUUACUUCUAACUGGGAAACAAUCGCUCAGCAUUGGGGAUUUCUUACUGAUGGAGCAGUCAAAUCGGAUGUUGGAUCAAAUCGACCAUAGUAGCCAAAGCCCUCUUUCGAAGCUACUACCGACCCCCUCAGCGAUUCCAGAAUUGUGGUCUAAAUUAAACGAAAGUUUGUCAAAUGUAUGGAAUGAGUUUAUAUGUGAGUAUGAUCCUGUUGAAAGUCCCCGAGCUCUCAAGACAUUGCCGGGAGCCUUCCAUGUAGCUGGUCUAGUCUUUAUAUCAGCGGCGAGUGCCUUGAGAGAGCUAUCCAAAAAGAGGUCCAGUGAACGAACGCCUGCCAUCACCGCAACGAAAUUCUUUCUGUCCAUCCAAAGGGAAUGUAAGAGACGAAAUUUAACUAUACUAAAGAUUUUAAUAUCCCCAUUAGUAACAGUAGAUCCACGCAAAUGGCCGCGCAGAAUGCUAGACUAUGCUUUCACAAUGACAAAGACCACUUUGACUCUACCAUUUAAAAUUCGUGAUGAAAUAAUUGCUCUCAACGAGCUCAAGAGUACUGGCCGCAAGAGAAAUUCUCACACGUUCGUUUGGAAGUAUGCCGAUUUGGCGCAUCUGUUUAUCAAAGCGAGUGUUGAGGGUGUUCGUGGACUCAUUGAGGGAUACAGAGCACCCAGGAACCUUUGGAUAGAUACUAUGGGAACUGACAAUGCAAGGAGAAACAUUUUACAAACGAUAUCACUUUGCGGUAGAAAGGUAACGUCAUGGUCUCGAUCGGUUCCACGCUCGAGUAUCGAACGAGCCGCGCGCGCUCUCGGAGUCUCCUCUACGGACAUAUCAUUAUUUGCUACGACCGAGUCACUUCGCGCGUUGUUCGAACAAACGAGCAGCGUGAUCCCGGACACCAUCCUGGUCACAGCACGAGCAGCUUCUGAGGACUUCCUGUACGCUUUCGCUGAAGGCAACGGGAAGAGGAAUAAGAAAUCUCAAGACACAGGAAUGGUUUGCCUAUCUCUUCCGGUUGGAGGAUCUCCUCGCCGCAUGGCAGCUGUGGUGGAGCACGCCUGCAGCCGGCAGGUGGCGCUAGCUGGUGCGUGGGCAGCACAGUCUCGAUACGGAGCUCUGACUAGAUCCGUCCCAUCACCUCUCGUAAGACUCACGCUGAACGCUCUGUCAAGACGAUACGCGGUUUCCUAUGCGGAGAUAAAUACACCAAUGGAUGCACGAGAGCGGAAUACACUUUGGGGCCAGCCUGUGGAUAACGUUUUGUAUUGGAGACCACCUCAAGCCAACGUCAGUAUGUCACUAACAGUCAUACAAUACGCUGAUACAGUGCGCAUUACUGUCAUGGCGGAUGCGCGUCUAACUCCCGCGCACAAUGUCCCUACGUCUAGGUGGCCUACAGUUAUUGAGAACCUGGUCAGCAGAAUAGAUCAGCAGAUUGCCAGAGUAUCUGUACCACCGACAAUACAGAUUACGCAAAGUGACAGCUGUGUGGAAAAUAUACCACAGAUUAUAGAGCCGGAACCACAGAAUACACAAAACACCACAGAGUCACAAAACAUUGAAUGUACAGAAACUGGAAGCGUCCAAACUAGUCAUGCAUUAAUGCCCCCGUCCAUUUCUUUAGACAGCCCACCUCCCGUGCGUAGGCAUAGCUUUAAUACAUAAAAAUAAUAAAGAAAACAUGAGUAUAAUAGGAAUUAUACGAAACGGAUGACUAGUAAAGAACAUUUUAUAUGAAGGACGAUGAGAAUAACUGAUGAAACGAGAUCCGAGCGCGAAAAGAAAUAAUUUAUGACUAAGUAUGCAAUAAUACGUCACAAUACAUUUUUAUAUUAUAUGAUGCCAAAAUGCUGCUUCAUUUUUACUGAAGUAAUAAUUGUAGUUUAAUGUGAUAAGUAAUUGGAUGCUGUAGUGUGUAACUCUAUAUGAUUGUUAAUAUAAUUAAAUAUCAUAAAAAAAAAUAUAGAAACCUUUUUA